AUGGCGAGUGAUCCAUUGUCUGCUGUGCAGCAGCUGCAGAGCCUUAUGAUGACACUAGCACCUUCACUAUGCCCUCAAGUGCUUCCUAGGGGUGUAGGGUACGGCUUGGAUCUGAUUCUGUCGCUGUGCAAGACCGAGGACCAACGACGAACGUUGCUGGCGCUGGUGCGAAGUAGCAAACCAAACGUGAACAAGGCUCUCAAGACGCAACAGGACGAAGAAGAAACCGAUCAAGAGGAAACGGAUACAGAUUAUAUGGAGCCGCAGGUGGUCGGUACGUUUGACGUGAAAAAUCGCGUCUUUGCGGUGCAAAAAGUACAGUGGAUGCACGAACGUGAUGCGGUGGUGCACGAGUUUGCGCGAUUCGUGGAAUUACAGCUGGAGAACCCAAUUGCUGCUAAGCAAGUGGUGCAGCACUUUUUGGAGGUCAAUGGUCACAAUUCUGAUACGGUCACCUUGGCCCAACAAUGUUUUUGUGCUGCCUUUGCGCUGCAGACACUACUUCGUGCUUUCCCGAAGCUGCCAAUUGCUAUUGAUGGCAAGGUUGUGGAAAUCACGCAGAGUUCGGAUGUUGCUGAAAUUUUUGCACCGCUGUUGGCCCCUAAAGCCAAGAAGAACAAGAACACGAACAAAGCAAAAUCAAAGGCCACGCAGAUGCAGGAACCUGCUAUACAAGGCAAAAGCAAACAACGCAUGUCGAAGAAGAGAAGAAGCACUUAA